GUGGAGGUCGGACAGGGAGAGGAAGCAGAACAGUUUUCCUGACGGCAAAGCCCACUUCAUUCAUACACUUAAAUUCUGCAACACACAGCCACACAUAGACACACACACACUCACACACACCCACUUUUGGACUUCGGCUUCUCUGUGGACUCCACAACCUGUCCUCUGGAGCUCCCACUCAUCACUCUCCUUACCUCCACCUCCACUCCCUCAGCCCCCCCCGCGUGGUGAGGGUAGAUGGCCAUGGCGCGGAGCUCUCUCGGGGGUGUUUUUGGCUGUGCCCUGCUGUCCCUAGUUCUGGGGAGCAGCAAUGUGGAUUUCGGGGUGCCCCCUGCGAGCUUCUACCCCCGUUUCAACCCCUUCUUCUUCCUCUGCACCCACCACGGGGAGGUGGAGGGAGGUGGGGUGGCAGAAGGUGGCGGGGAGGUGUUACUCACCCUCCAAAUUGCAGGCAACCCCACUACCUACACCCCUGGACAGGAGUACCAAGUAACCAUUUCCACCAGCGUGUCAUUUGAUGGUCUGCUGGUGACUGGCCUCUACACCUCCACGCCGGUCCAGUCGGCUCCCAUUCCUGCUCCAGCCGCCUUUGGCUUUGGUGUGAUUCCAGAUCGUCAGUAUGCUGGGACCCAGUUUGUUUGCAGCGUUGUGGCUUCUCAUGUCAGCCACCAGCCCUCCACCAGCUUCAGUUUUGUUUGGAUCGCCCCACCGCCUGGCACGGGCUGCGUCAAUUUCCUAGCCACAGCAACACACCGAGGACAGAUCAUCUUCAAGGAUGCGCUGGCCCAGCAGCUCUGUGAGCAGGGAGCUCCAACUGAGUCCCCCCUGAGACCUAAUCUAGUGGAGCUACAUGGGAAACAUGCUGUUCUUCGUGACGAUUUUGACUCCAACCUGCAAGGAGAGUUAGACCCCACCAUAUGGUCGGAGUGCAGCAACUGCGUGGUCGGAGAGCAGUGUGGUGCGCUGAUGCAUGGCAGAGCGGUCACUUUCUGCGAACCCAUUGGGGAGAGACAGCUGACCACCGUACCUCUCAACACCAGCACAGCCUCAGUCCUGCAGUUCGCUUUGGGCUCGGGCUCCUGUCGGUUCAGUUACUCAGACCCCAGCAUCACUGUGUCAUACAGCCUAACCGGUGACGCCAACACCUCGGAUGACUGGAUCACACUGGAGAAGAUCAGAGCUCCGACCAACAGCAGCACUGUUGUCCACCUGCUUCCCCUCCCACGCUCCUCCAAAGCUGACGCGGUCCGUCUUCGCUGGUCUCAGGAGACCCCCCAUGGGACCGAGGGAUAUGAAUCGUGCUGGGGAAUGGACAACCUGGUGCUGGUGAAUGCUGCCCACAAGAUUCCCUUGUUGGAGGACAACUUGGAUCCCCCAGACACUGCUAACUGGCUCUUCUUCCCUGGAGCCACUGUGAAGCAUGCCUGUCAAUCGGAGGGCAAUGCCCUGUAUUUCCAUGGUGGCGAGGGAGCCGGCCACAGCUUUGCCUCCACCAGAGACAUUGACUUGCACCGAGAAGAGGGAAGAAGUUACUGGGAGGAAGAUUUCGAGAGCCCACCCUUAAACUGGGACAUAGAGGGAGCCGCCUAUGGGAUCAAGUGUGGAGAGAUUGAGUCGGGAGCAGCGCUUGUAUUUGAGAAGGAGGGACGCAGGAGAGUGUGCACCCCCUACCUUGACACCACAUCCUAUGGAAACCUCCGCUUCUACUUCACAAUGGGUGGCGGUGACUGUGAUCCAGGAGAGUCACACGAGAACGAUGUGAUUCUGUUUGGGAGGUCUGAGGGCAGGAGGGAGCGCGUGGUGCUCGAUACUCUUCCAUACAGUACAUACAGGACUCCGGCGGUGGUGUCGGUGGCGCUGCCUUCCGAGCUGCAAACGCCAGUCACUCAGCUCUGUCUGGAGCAGCGGUCACAUGGCGGUGCCAACCGUCACGUGUGGGCCGUGGACUUCAUGCAGCUGCUCCCUGUGCUGCCCGGCACCCACACACACGUUGCUCAGUUCUCCAUCAACCUUGGCUGCGGCUCCUACCAGCCUGCCAACAGUGUGAGCCUGGAGUUUUCCUCCAACCUUGGUCGUUCCUGGUCUUUGCUCCACACCGAGUGUCUCCCAGAGCUCUGUGCUGGGCCCCACCUACCUCACAGCACCGUCUACUCCUCCGACAACUACAGCGGGUGGACCAGAAUCUCUAUUCCUCUGCCCAACGCUGCUUUGACAGAGACUACUCGGUUCCGCUGGAAGCAGUCUGGCACCGGAGACGGCAACAUGUGGGCCAUUGACAAUGUGUAUAUUGGGCCAGCCUGCCUUCGGUUCUGUUCUGGAAGGGGACAUUGUUCCCGCACGGGCUGCAAAUGUGACCCGGGCUUCAGUGGUCCAGCUUGUGAGCUGGCGUCCCAGACCUUCCCAGCGUUCCUGUCCGAGGGUUUCUCCAGCCCGCGCCUCUCCUCCUACCACAGCUUCUCCUCACUUCGGGGGGCUGAAGUCAGCUUCGGGUGCGGAGUGCUUGCGAGCGGCAAGGCUUUGGUCUUUAACAGGGACAGCAGAAGACACUUGGUCACAGCUCCACUGGACAGUUCCCAGGCCAGGUACCUGCAGUUCACGCUUCGGCUGGGGAGUCGUAGUAUCCUGAGCUCAUGUCCUGCUCCUGAUCAGCCAGGAGAGGGUGUCCUGCUGCAUUACUCUUCAGACAACGGCAUCACCUGGACCCUGCUGCGGCACUAUGCCUACCAAGGUUUCCACGAGCCAAGGAUUGUGUCAGUUGAACUCCCAUCGGGUGCUCGUAAGUUUGGCGUGCAGUUCCGCUGGUGGCAGCCGUACCACUCAGGACGAGGCCACGACGUCUGGGCCUUGGAUGAGAUCAGCAUGACCUCUGUGCUCUUCAACACCAUAAGUCUCGACUUCAGCAAUGUGCUGGACGUCACCCAAAGUCUCGGUUUCUAUCUCGGCCAUGUCCAGCCCUACUGCCAGCACGACUGGACUCUCAGUUUCUCCGGUGAGCCCAGCCCUGGCUCCAGCAUUCGUUAUGUGGAAACUCAGUCAAUGCAAAUUGGAGCUUCCUACAGUCUGCAGUUCUCGCUGGUCAUGGGUUGCGGGCGCGAGCCUUCUCCCCACAUCGACACUCAGGUCCGACUGGAGUUCUCCACCAAUCACGGCCUCACCUGGCACCUGGUCAAAGAGGCCUGUCUACCCGGCAUGCCUAGCUGUUCUGAAUUCACAGCUCCCAGUGUCUACCACCCAUCAGAGUUCAAAGACUGGAGACGUAUCACACUGUCUUUGCCUCAGAAGACAUGGUCCAGUGCAACGCGGUUCCGAUGGAUCCAGAACUACUACGGUGAGCAGGAUGAAUGGGCCCUGGAUGACAUCUACAUUGGUCAACAGUGUCCCAACAUGUGCCAUGGACAUGGCUGGUGUGACCACGGUCACUGCAGGUGUGAUGACGGUUUCUCUGGAACAGACUGCCAGCCCUCCUCCCCUCUCUCUUCUAGCGUCCUCUCUGACUUUGAGUCCCAGGAUGCGCUGCUGGCCACAUGGCAAGAGGUGAUCGGUGGGGAGGUGGUCCCACCUGACAUGGGCUGUGGGGUGGUCUCAUCUGGAUCAUCUCUGUACUUCAGCAAGGCUGGUCUGAGGCAGCUCUUGAGCUGGGACCUGGACACUGAAUGGGCCGAGUUUGUGCAGUUCUACCUGCGGGUGGGUGGAGACUGGGCGGAGUGUAACCAGGCGGACAGCAGAGAGGAGGGAGUUCUGCUGCAGUACAGCAACGAUGGAGGCAUCAGCUGGGGCCUCAUCGCUGAAAUGUACUUCACAGACUUCACCAAGCCACGCUUUGUCCAUUAUGAGCUUCCCUUGGCCUCCAAAACCCCCUCCACGCGAUUUCGCUGGUGGCAGCCCCUUCACUCCGGGGAGGGCUAUGACCAGUGGGCAAUUGACGAUGUCAUCAUUUUGUCAGAGAGGGAGAAGCACAUCAUCCCCAUGGCCAGUCCUACUCUACCACAGAACUUUUAUGAGAAGCCAGCAUUUGACUACCCCUUGAACCAAAUGAGCGUUUGGCUGAUGCUGGGUAACGAAGGUAUGGAGAGAGAAAGCAACAACAGUUUUUGUGCACCGACUCCCUCUGCAAUGGUGUUUGGACGCUCUGAUGGGGACCGGGUGGCUGUUACCAGAGACCUGGCCCUUCGCCCAGGCUACACCCUUCAGUUUAAGUUGAACAUAGGCUGUGAAGCGGAGUUCAGUGGAUCUGCCCCAGUCCUGCUGCAGUACUCCCAUGAUGCUGGUCGCACCUGGGCCCUGGUCAGAGAGGGUUGUUACCCAGGAACCCCGGGGACAGGGGUCUGUGAGGGCAGCAGCCGCGAGCUCAGAGAACCCACCGUCUAUAACACUGGAGACUAUGAACAGUGGACGAGGGUCACUGUGGUCAUACCUCGUAAUGUUGCAGCCAGUAAAACCCGGUUCCGUUGGUUCCAGGAGAGUAGUGUGUAUCGAGAUGCCCCACCAUUUGCCUUGGAUGGCGUCUACAUCUCUGAGCCCUGUCCAAACCACUGUGGAGGACAUGGAGAUUGCAUCUCUGGAGUCUGCUUCUGUGACAUGGGAUAUACAGUGGAGCAAGAUAGUUGUGUCCCGGCAGUGGCCAGUCCUACAGAGCUCAGCGAGGGUUUUGAAGGGAAGCUGAGUCCACUCUGGCAGGGCAUCACUGGGGGACUGAUUGGAGGGGGUUGUGGCAUCAUUGGUGAGGGAAAGGGUCUUUAUUUCAGUAGUCCUGGCCGAAGAGAAGCUCGCACAGUCCCUCUCGACACCACAAACACACGAUUGGCGCAAUUCUACAUCCGAAUCGGCAGCAAGAGUUUGGGACCCACCUGCACCAGGCCGCGCUCCCGCAAUGAAGGUGUCGUUGUCCAGUUUUCUACUAACAACGGAGUCCGGUGGCAAGUCCUGAGGGAGCUGGACUUCAGUUCCUUCUUGGAACCUCAGGUGGUGACCAUUGAGCUACCGCCUCCAGCAAAGACGUCAUACACGGUCUUUCGAUGGUGGCAGCCACAGCAAGGGAAACACUCUGCCCAGUGGGCUCUGGAUGACGUUCUGAUCGGUAUGAACGACAGCUCCAGAACAGGUUUCCAGGACAAAUUUGAUGGCGCGACCCCUCUGAGGCACAACUGGUACCGUAUUCAGGGUGGGGAGGUGACCGUGGACUGUCUGUCUCUGGACACAGCACUUACCUUCAACUCUGAAGCCAUUGAUAAAAAGCCAAGAUAUGCAGAAAGCUGGGACUUCGAGGUCACAGGCUCGUCUUUCCUGCAGUUUGAGUUGAGCAUGGGCUGCAGCAAGUCCACUUCUUUCUCCCACGGGGUUCGUCUGGAGUACUCCACCGACUGUGGCCGUCACUGGUCUCUCAUCACCCCCGAGUGUGUGCCCCCGGCCAUCGGCUGUGCGGGAUAUACGCAGAGCUCGACCUAUACAUCAACCCAGUACAAGCACUGGAGGAGGAUCACCGUCUAUCUGCCCAGUGCAGCUAAUUCCCCCAGAACUCGGUUCCGUUGGAUCCAGACCCACUUCACCCCGGGGGCAGAAGGGUGGGCUCUAGAUAAUGUCUUACUGGCCCCUGGUUGCCCCUGGAUGUGCUCUGGACAUGGUUUAUGUGACAAUGGACACUGCAUGUGUGAUAAGGGUUACGGAGGGGCCCAUUGCGUGCCUUUGUCCCCGCUGCCAUCUGUAUUGAGAGAGGACUUUAAUGAGAACUUGCAGCAGGAGACCUGGCCGGAAGUGUAUGGAGCGGAGAGAGGAACGCUGAGCGGAGAGCCUCUAAAAUCGGGCACUGCCCUUAUUUUCAAAGGGGAUGGUCUACGAAUGAUAGUGUCACGGGAUCUGGACUGCACGCACACUCUCUACAUCCAAUUCUCCUUCAAAUUCAUCACUAAAGGUAUCCCAGAGCGUUCACACUCAGUCCUGCUACAGUACUCUGUAAACGGAGGAAUCAGUUGGCUGCUGUUGGAUGAGUUUUACUUCCCAGCCUCCACAGACACUCUGUUCCUCCACCUGCCACUACCCGCCAGCGCUCAAACCAACGCCACACGUUUCCGACUCUGGCAGCCUUACAACAGCGGUAAAAAGGAGGAGGUGUGGGUGAUCGAUGAUCUCAUCAUCGAUGGCAGCUCCGUGCACAACCCGCCGGUGGUGAUGGACAGUUUUGAUGACGGCCCCAACGAGUCAAACUGGCUCUUCUCUCCGGGUGGAAACACGGGCCUCUACUGCCCCUACCAGAAGGCAGGCCUCGAGGAGGACGAGUCAGCGAUGGUGUUUGUCUCCAGUGAGCUCGGAGAGCACUCCAUUACCACCAGGGACAUCGACGUAAACGAGAACACCAUCAUCCAGUUUGAGAUUAAUGUAGGCUGCACAGCUGAGAGCUCCUCUGCUCACCCAGUGCGUCUUGAGUUUUCCCGGGACUUUGGUGCCACGUGGCACCUCUUGGUACCCCUGUGCUCCGGCGGACCUCAGCCCUCCUCCCUUUGCUCCACAGAACUUCACCCUGCCAGCAUCUAUUUCCCUGGUACAACUCAGGGCUGGAGGAGGGAGGUCAUUCACUUUGGGAAGCUCCGCCUCUGUGGAUCGAUAAGGUUCCGUUGGUAUCAAGGUUUCUUCUCCUCUGGCUCUGCUCCUCCGACGUGGGCGCUGGACAACGUAUACAUCGGCCCGCAGUGUCAGGACAUGUGUCAUGGCCACGGGACCUGCAUGGGUGGCACCCACUGUCUGUGUGACCCCGGCUACUCCGGACCGGACUGCUCUGUCCCUGACACCCCCAACCCCGACUUCCUAAAGGAGGACUUUGAAGGUGGAGUUGUGGAUCCUGAGCAUUUCAGACUCUUGAGUGGAGGUAAACCAUCGAGGAAAUGCGGCAUCAUGUCAAGUGGGAACCACCUGUUUUUCAGUGAAGAUGGUUUACGCAUGUUAGUCACCAGCGACAUGGAUCUGUCGAAUGCCAGGUUUGUUCAGUUCUUCCUGCGCCUCGGCUGUGGUAAAGCGGCUCCGGAUCCCCGUUCUCAGCCCGUUCUGCUGCAGUUCUCUGUGGAUGGAGGGCUGACGUGGGGACUCCUGCAGGAAUUUCUCUUCAGCAACAACAGCAAUCAGGCCCGUCUCGUGGCCCUGGAGAUCCCACUGCGUGCCAGGACGCCCUUUACUCGCCUCCGGUGGUGGCAGCCCUCGGAAAAUGGACACUUUUACAGCCCAUGGGUUAUUGAUCAGGUGGUGGUGGGUGGCAGUGCUAGUGGCUGGGGGCCGCUGGAGGAUGAUUUCUCCUCGAUCGAUGGCCGCUCGUGGCUGCUCCACCCCGGAGGGACCCGGAUGCCUGUUUGUGGCUCUGACGGACCUGCUUUCGCUUUCAUAGAGAAGUCCAACACGCGCUACGCUGUUACCACUGACAUCAGCUUGACUCAAGAUUCAUUCAUCCAGUUCGACUUUUCUGCAUCCUGCUCCGUCACAAACUCCUGCUACUCUGUGGAGUUGGAGUAUUCGCUGGAUCUCGGUCUGACCUGGCAGCCGGUGGUCAGAGAGUGUCUGCCAACGAGCCCCGACUGCUCCUCUUACACUCUGCAGCGGCUCCUGGUUUCUGACACCUACAACAAGUGGGGCCGCGUUACUUUGCCUAUCCCAUCGUAUGCCAGAUCUCCCGCCACGAGGUUCCGCUGGUUCCAGCAGGCUCCCUUUGACAAGCAGCAGACCUGGGCUCUGGAUAACCUUUACAUCGGAGAUGGCUGCCCAGAUAUGUGCUCAGGACACGGACGCUGCCAGCAGAGCUCAUGCGUGUGUGAGCCAGAGUGGGGCGGGGAGUACUGUGACGAGCCUGUGGUUCCUCUGCCCUCCCAGCUAAAGGACAGCUUCAGCAGAGCUCCUUCCCUGAGUCACUGGCACACACUCACAGGCGGUAAACUCAGCGCUGUGUGUGGAGCUGUGGCCUCUGGAGCGGCGCUGCACUUCAGUGGGGGUUGCAGUCGUCAGCUGGUGACCGUGGACCUGAACCUGACCAACGCAGAGUUCAUCCAGUUCUAUUUCAUGUACGGCUGCAUGAUCGCGCCAAGCAAUCGCAACCAGGGUGUCCUCCUGGAGUACAGUUUGAAUGGAGGAAUCCACUGGCAUUUAUUGACAGAGAUCUUCUAUGAUCUGUAUACCAAACCUGGGUUUGUGAACGUGCUGCUGCCUCCCGCUGCGCGUCAGGAAGGAGUCCGUGUGCGCUGGUGGCAGCCGCAGCACGACGGCACCGACCGCAGCGACUGGGCGAUAGACAACGUCCUGAUCGCAGGCUCGGACCCUCGUGCACAGAUCUCAGACACAUUCGGAGGAGUGGCGCUGCCUAAUCACGAGAGAGCUCCUGCCGAUGAGACUUCAGGAAGGAUGGGUGAACUGAAUGAGCAGGAAGAAGCACCCAUAGUGAGCGAUCACUGGCUGUUCUCGGAGGACUGCUCAGUGCAGCGCUUCUGCAGCUCCCCCGAUGGCGUGAUGGUGUGUGGAAAUACUGACGGCAGAGAGGUGUACGCCGUCACGCAUGAUAUAGUUCCAGGCAAAGGCUGGGUCAUGCAGUUCAAGAUCGCUGUAGGCUGCAGUGUCCCCGAGCGUCAAGCAGACCGGCAGGUUCACGUUCAGUAUUCGGUGGAUUUCGGAGUCACCUGGAAAUACCUGGUUCCUCAGUGCCUCCCUGCCGAUCCCCGCUGUGGCGGUCAGGUCUCCCAGCCUUCCGUCUUCUUUCCUGCCGAGGCCUGGAAGAGGACCGUCUAUCCGCUGCACGACAGCUUGGCCGAGACUUCGGUGCGGUUCCGGUUUUACCAGCUGCACUCGGACAUCCAGUGGGGCGUGGAGAACUUUUACAUCGGGCCGGCGUGCGACAACCACUGUGGGGGACACGGAGACUGUUUGGAGCAGCGCUGCAUCUGUGAUCCUGGAUUCACAGGACCAAACUGCUACGCCAGUACUGCUCUCAAGGCUUCUCUGAAGGAGCGGUUUGACUGGGAAGGAGCAGCCGGCCCUCAGUGGCAGGUCCUCGAGGGCGGGAAACCCUGCACAGACUGUGGAGUGCUGGUAGAAGGGACAGCCCUGUAUUUUGGUGGGGCUGGAGCCAGACAAGUGGUAACUUCAGAUCUGGACCUCCGGGGGACCAAGUUUGUGGAGUACUGGGCUCGGAUUGGAAGUAAAGAUAACAUGACCAUGUGCCACCGUCCAACUUGUCGUAAAGAGGGGGUUCUUCUGGAUUACUCUACCGACGGAGGCGUGUCCUGGAUGCUGCUGCAUGAGAUGGACUAUCUGAAGUACGUGUCUGUGAGGAGAGACUACAUUGUUCUACCAGAGGGUGCAUUGACUAAUGCCACUCGCCUGCGUUGGUGGCAGCCUUUUACCAUUUCUUCGGGCCUGGCCACCCCGAGCCUGGAAAGAGCUCAGUGGGCCAUAGACAACAUCCUGGUGGGAGGGUCGGACAUCAACCCAUCCAGCCUGCUCGACACCUUCGAUGAUGAGGGUGUUUCACACGAGGAAAGCUGGAGCUUCUACCCUAAUGCUGUGCGUACAGCCGGCUUCUGUGGAAAUCCCUCGUUUCACCUGUACUGGCCAAACAAGAACCAAGACGGGACGCACAACAUCCUCGUCACUCGGGAGCUCAUAGUGCAGCCUGGAUAUAUUUUACAAUUCAAGAUUGUCGUUGGCUGUGAGGAAGAUACAUGUGAGGACCAUCAUUCAGUCCUGCUGCAGUACAGGAAGGAUGCAAGGUCUGAUUCGUGGCAGCUGGUCCAGUCCGAGUGCCUCCCCUCCUCGGUUAACAACGUGGGCUGCUCUCCCUUCCAGUUCCACGAGUCCACCAUUUACAGUCCAGUAAACAGCUCGACGUGGACCAGAGUCACCGUCCAGCUUCCAGACCACGUCUCCUCAGGGGCUACACAGUUCCGCUGGAUCCAAAAGGAGGGGACGGGAGAAAGACAGAGCUGGGGAGUGGACAAUGUAUACAUCGGCGAGGCAUGCCCGGGGCUGUGUAGCGGCCGCGGCUACUGCACAAGUGGAGUCGUCUGCAUUUGUGACGAAGGAUACCACGGGGACGACUGCUCCCUCUCGAGCACCGACCUGCCCAGCUCCAUCAAGGACAACUUUGAGUCUGGUGCCGUGUCUCAAGAGAGCUGGCAGUUCAUCCAGGGUGGCGGCGUUGGUAGUGGCUGUGGGCAGCUGUCCCCACAUGCUCACGGAGACUCGCUGUACUUCAAUGGCUGUAAGAUUAGGCAGGCAGUUACCAAACCGCUGGACCUCACUAGAGCCAGCAAGAUCAUGUUCGUGCUGCAGAUCGGCAGCGUGGCUCAGACAGACAGCUGUAACAUAGCUCUGGAUCAGGCUGACACGGUGGACCGGGCCGUCCUGCUACAAUACAGUGUCAACAAUGGCGUCAGCUGGCAUGUAAUUGCCCAGCACCAGCCCAAAGACUUCAUAAAGGCCCAGAGAGUUUCCUACAACAUUCCACUUGAGGCGAGGGUUAAAGGGGUGAUGCUGAGAUGGUGGCAGCCGAGACAUGAUGGCGCCGGACAUGACCAGUGGGCACUGGACCAUGUGGAAGUAGUUCUCACGCGCAAACAAAACUACAUGAUGAACUUUGCCAGACAGACGGGCAUGCGUCACUACUACAGCCGCAAGAGGCGGGCUCUGCAGCAGCGCGCCUGAACGAGUAGUAAUCUCUGACCUGCCAAUCAAACAUCGACUUGCCUCGCACAUCUUUAUUAUCCAGACGACAUAUCACCCCGCUGAGACCCAUCCACCGUUGGAUUCCAAUCAGCUUGAGACUGCCCUCAACCACAUCUGCACACAUCUUCCGCCACAAAGCGCAAAAGGCCAUCCAGUCGCACGGCCUUCCCAACCAGACAGACCGGCGGGAGUGAAACUCAUAUUUAAGAAGGACUGAAGCAGCCAUUUUUGUUUACUUUUGUCCCAAAAAGAUGGCCGGGGUUUCUAGUUGUUUUGUAAUUGUUGCUGUUGUUCCUCUGAUUCCUGUUCCCACCUGCGAUAUUCCUCCCUCGGGCCACCCACCUCACCCCUCCUUUCCUCCUUUCCUACCACACUGUGAAAUUGAGAGAUAAUAUAUCACUGCUAAACUGACCAGCUGAUUGAGGAGUAGCCUCCCAGUUCCACUGAGCCACCGGAGGAUGGGGAGGACCGUCGCUGCCAAACCAGUUCGCCAGCAGAAAGACACACGAUGAUGACACUGACCAUUAGGAGGAAUAACAGACGAAGAAGUUUAAAACUAAAAAAAAAAAAAAGAAAAGAAAGAAAAAAAGAGAACUGUGUUCUUGGUGUUCUGUGUGUCUGUGGGUUCUUUUUGUGCUGAGUUGACUGUGCUGUUCUGUUUGUUUGUUCGUUUUCUACUAAUUCGUAUGCUUUUAAAGGGGAGAGGGAAGGGUGGGGUUUCUGUUUCCUUUUCCUCGUUUAUCGGAUCAGGUGUGGGCGGGGCGCAGAAGGGCCGGACUGCACACCGAGGAAGAACAAAAAGAGAGAUUUGCACGACGACAGGAAAGAGAAAAAUUUGAAGAAAAAAAAAGAGACUGAUCGAUGAUUUUUUUUUUUCUGUUAUUUUUCUUUUUUGUCUGUUUGUUUUUUUUAUAUAGUUUUUUUAUAUAUAUGUUGGUUCCUGAAAGUACAGAUAUUUAUGGUAAAUGGUUCUUCACGUAACCUAUUUAAGAUGCACUGUGCGUGAAAUCUGUAUGUUCUUUUCUAGUGUUAAGUUAUUAGACAGUUGAGUCAGGCUCUCAGACUGCAUCAUCUCCCCUCUUUCUUCACUUUCCUCUUCUCCUGUGCUGUUUCCACCCUUUCCUUCGGCUCUCUCUCUCUCUCUCUUUAUCUCUCUUUCUGCUGAUUUCUGAUACCUGGAGGUGAGGUUCUAUUAGUGUUGUUUUUGAAGUCUGUGUAAUAUGGACCCUCUGCCCUUGGUGUAACUCCAGUAUAGCAAUCUCCUGUAUAUAUAUACGUAUAUCCACUAUGGGGAGACCCAGCAGCCUUAUACAAGGGAAAUAAAGAACUGUCCAAACCU